AGUAAAUUAUCUCGCUGUUGAGGAUUCUGGUGUUGGAGAGUCCUGCCUGCUCGACGCUCGUCUUUUUUCGCCUGGAUCCUUUCUUCUUCCCUCCCCCGGAGUUCGAUUCGCUCGGCUCCCGGUUUCUCCCUCGGUUGCGGGCGAGAGCGCUGGUAAACAUGGCGUCGGAAGGGAUGAUUUUAACAAACCACGAUCAUCAAAUACGAGUCGGAGUUCUGACGGUGAGCGACAGCUGCUUCAGGAACCUUGCGGAGGACCGCAGCGGAAUCAACCUCAAAGACCUUGUGCACGACCCCUCCCUGCUGGGGGGAACUGUCUCUGCUUACAAAAUCGUCCCUGACGAGAUCGAUGAGAUCAAGGAGACGCUGGUGGACUGGUGCGACGAGAAGGAGCUCAACCUCAUCCUGACCACCGGGGGCACGGGCUUCGCCCCCCGCGAUGUCACGCCCGAGGCCACACGGGAGGUGAUCGAGCGGGAGGCCCCUGGGAUGGCGCUGGCCAUGCUAAUGGGCUCCCUCAACGUCACUCCUCUGGGCAUGCUGUCCAGGCCUGUGUGUGGGAUCAGAGGGAAAACUCUCAUCAUUAACUUACCUGGCAGCAAGAAGGGCUCACAGGAGUGCUUUCAGUUCAUCCUGCCCGCCCUGCCCCACGCCAUCGACCUGCUCCGGGACGCGGUCGUCAAGGUGAAGGAGACGCACGACGAGCUGGAGGACCUGCCCUCGCCGCCCCCGCCCCUCUCCCCGCCCCCCGCCGCCGGCCCGCGCAAGCAGACCGAGGACAAGGGCGUCCAGUGCGAGGAGGAGGACGAGGAGAAGAAGGACAGCGGGGUGGCCUCCACCGAGGACAGCGCCUCCUCCCACAUCACCGCCGCCGCCAUCGCCGCCAAGAAGGGGAAGCCGCGCCCCAGCCACGCUGUUGUCAUGGCGAAAAAUGGGCAGUCCAUCCCCGGUCUCAUCCCCUCCUCCUGUCAGUCCACCUGCAGCGCCGGACACCUGCUGAUUCCAGACUCCAUCAUCUCGCGGGGUGUCCAGGUCCUUCCGCGGGACACGGCGUCGCUCAGCACCACGCCCUCCGAGUCGCCCCGUGCCCAGGCCACCUCCCGCCUGUCCACAGCCUCCUGCCCCACCCCCAAAGCCCGGCUCCCCUCCUGCUCAUCCACCUAUAGUGUUUCUGAGGCCUCACGGAGAGAGUUCAGGGCUCACCUGGAUGAGGUCAUCACACUCAAGUCAAGGUACUCUACCUUGGACCAGCUCCACUAUAGGUUGGAGGGGCUUAAAGAUGAUCGCAGGACGAAUAGGACCUUCGACUCGCGAGUGCAGUCGCGGUGCAGCAGCAAAGAGAACAUCUUGAGACCCAGUCACAGCGCGGUGGACAUCACCAAGGUGGCGCGGAGGCACCGCAUGUCACCCUUCCCCCUGACCUCCAUGGACAAGGCCUUCAUCACUGUCCUGGAGAUGACCCCUGUCCUGGGCACUGAGAUCAUCAACUACAGAGACGGGAUGGGUCGAGUUCUGGCUCAGGACGUCUAUGCCAAAGACAACCUGCCCCCCUUCCCUGCCUCUGUUAAGGAUGGGUACGCUGUCAGAGCGGCCGACGGUCCUGGGGAUCGUUUCAUCAUCGGGGAGUCCCAGGCCGGGGAACAGCCAACCCACACGGUGAUGCCCGGACAGGUGAUGCGUGUCACGACCGGCGCCCCCAUCCCCUGCGGAGCCGACGCGGUCGUGCAGGUGGAGGACACCGAGCUCCUGCGCGAGUCGGAGGACGGCACGGAGGAGCUGGAGGUGCGGAUCCUUGUGCAGGCGCGCCCGGGUCAGGACAUCAGGCCCAUCGGACACGACAUCAAGCGCGGCGAGUGCGUCCUGGCCAAGGGCACUCACAUGGGCCCCUCCGAAAUCGGCCUGCUGGCCACGGUAGGCGUGACCGAGGUGGAGGUGCAGAAGUUCCCCGUGGUCGCCGUGAUGUCCACCGGCAACGAGCUGCUGAACCCGGAGGAUGACCUGCACCCAGGGAAGAUCCGGGACAGCAACCGCUCCACACUGCUGGCCACCAUCCAGGAGCACGGCUACCCCACCAUCAACCUGGGGAUCGUCGGCGACAACCCCGAUGACCUCCUCAACGCCCUGAACGAGGGGAUCAGCCGCGCUGAUGUCAUCAUCACCUCCGGAGGCGUGUCCAUGGGGGAGAAGCAGGACUACCUGAAGCAAGUCCUGGACAUCGACCUCCACGCCCAGAUCCACUUUGGACGGGUCUUCAUGAAACCUGGGCUCCCCACGACCUUCGCAACCUUAGACAUCGAUGGCACUCGGAAACUCAUUUUUGCUCUGCCAGAGCCGCCAUGUGUCCAUCUCCCAGGUAACCCGGUGUCCGCCGUCGUCACCUGCAACCUCUUCGUCAUCCCCGCCCUGAGGAAGAUGCAGGGGAUCCUGGACCCCCGUCCCACCAUCAUCAAAGCCAGGCUUUCGUGCGACGUGAAGCUGGACCCGCGCCCGGAGUACCACCGCUGCAUCCUCACCUGGCACCACCAGGAGCCGCUGCCGUGGGCACAGAGCACAGGGAACCAGAUGAGCAGUCGGUUGAUGAGCAUGCGCAGUGCCAACGGUCUCCUGAUGCUACCUCCCAAAACAGAGCAAUACGUGGAGCUGCACAAGGGCGAGGUCGUGGAUGUCAUGGUCAUCGGCCGACUAUGAUGUCAUCUUAAUGGGAUGGACAGAGAGAUGGACGGAUGGAGGGAGAGAGAGGAGUGGUUUCCGGUGCAUGUCCACAUAUCAUUACUAUUCUGUAAUAUGCAACGGCACAGCUAGUUUUUAUUGAUUUGGAUAAAGUUGAUCAAGUAUAAUCAACAUCUUUAAUUCAAAAAAUAAGUUAAAUGGGGGGGAAAAGAAUUUAAAAGGAUAAUUGUAUUUCAAACAAAGAAAAUAUAAUAACUUUUAAAGUAAAGAAAAUUAAAUAUAAAAUAUAAGAGAUUUAUUCUGUAAUAUACUAUUAUAAUUAUUAUUAUUAUUAUGAUUAUUAUGAUUAUCAUCAUAUUAACGCAACUUUGUUCUGUUUCAUUGCAAUUGCUUUGUGUGUUCAAUGCUGAACCUUAUAGAUAGCUGUAGCAUUUUAAUAGAAAGCUGUAGGUGCCUGCCAGGAAAAAAAAAAAAAAAAGAAAGCCUAUUUUCACAUCUGAAAAAUAAAAGAAUAAAAAGAUACUGAAAGAGAGGAAAACUGUGAAGAAAAUAAUGGCAAGAAAAAAAUCCUAUGGUGCUCUGGCAGACGAUGGUGCUUUCUGGUUCCUGCUUCCUUUAGACGCGUUUAGGUGACACCGCUAUAUUUCCCUUAUUAGUAUGCUUCAUAAUCGCUUCACAAUGAGCUUUUGCUUGUCGUUUCUCUCGUGAGUCGUGUUUAUGUGCGCAGUGCCAAAAGAGUGGGCAGGGAGGUCAAAGGCUGCCGGGUCUCUGCCUACAUGCCACACUACCCAGGCCCGGAAGCUUCCGUGUAAGUCACCUGACCCAGUAUGGCUCCGCCUCCUCAAGGGGGUGGUAUGACUGGGGGGAGAAAUCAACAGUCUUUUAUCUGACUAACUUUGAAUGGAAGAAACAGCUCCUUUCUGUGCUGACAGCCUUUUUAACCAACUACACAAAAUGUAUAGAAAAAAAGAAAAAAGAAUGAUAUUGUACAGAUAUAAUUGACCAGCACUCUUGAGGAAAUUACUAAGCAAUGAUGAGAAUAUUUAACAACUCUGUACUAUAACAUUUUCUGUAAUGAUAUUGAAACAAUGGGAAAAAAAGACAUUUAAAUCCUUGAUCAUUAUGUAAAAAAAAAGAACAAUAAAAAAUAUUCCUUGUUGGGUUUCUUUUUUAAAUGAA